CUUUGGAGAAUUUUAAUUAUGACACUUCGGAAAGUCACAAUCGUGAUCUGGGUUUUAUCCACAAAUAGGCGAUAAACAUUUCAUUCAAACCAAUGAACGUAGGUUAGUUUCAGCUAGAUGCUCUUGUUUUAAACGCAUAAACGAAAGAAAGUUUGAGCGAUUUCAUAUGAUUGUUCUACGAGAAUGUAAAGAUUGCGUGACUUUGAUGGAAAUUUGAAUUCUCCUUUUCCGUUUCAAAAAGUUUUCCCUGGCCAUUCAAUGCACGACGGGUAAUCUACGCUGGAUGAAGGGAAUCAAAAUGUCUACACAAAGCGUAGAGAAUCCUUCCAAAGAUCUAACACUUUUAUAACAGUCGGAUUUUCUAUAAUUCUCAAGCUUUUUCUAAAUCUAAAUAAUUUUUUUUAUAGCUGCGUUGGUUCUUUUGGAAGAAAAGCGCACAAAAUUCUUGUACAAACAUUUCUAAUUCACCUUAUUUGUUGAUAUCAUUUCAUUCACUUGACAAAAUGUUCAAAAUUAGAGAAAAAAAUUGUAAGAUAUUUGUUUACACGGUGCUAGCGGCAAGCCUACUUAUUAUCGUACCGACAUAUGCAGCCAAAAAAGAGAGCUGUGACACUUGUAGUGAAAUUGUAGAAGCAUUUUAUAAGGGAAUGGAGAAAACAGUCAAGGCAAACUUUGGAGGUGGCAAUACAGACUGGGAAGAGAGGAAAUUGGGAAGUUAUGCACGAAGUGAAACAAGACUUGUGGAAAUUGUUGAGAGUCUGUGUGGUAGCUCUGAGUGCCAUGCCAUGGUGGAAGAACAUGAAGAAGCGCUAGAAAAAUGGUGGUUCAAAUUACAAGAUAAAGACAAAGAUCUCAAGGUCUGGUUCUGCAUAAAUGAAAUAAAAGUGUGUUGCCCCAAUGGGACAUAUGGUGCUGAAUGCAAAGAGUGUCCGGGAGGGAAAAGCAGCCCAUGUAACGAGCACGGAGACUGCCAGGGUGCUGGCACCAGAUCAGGCUCAGGAAAGUGUGACUGCCAUUCUGGUUAUGAGGGAGAUGCUUGUGAUGAAUGCACAGAUGAUUACUAUGAAGACAAGGGUGAUGACGGCAAGAUGAGCUGUAAGGCGUGCCAUGAGUCCUGUUUUGGUGGUUGUCACGGUGGUACCGCUAAAGACUGCUCUGCCUGCAAAUCAGGGUGGGAGCAAUCUGAAGAGGAGGGUUGCAAAGAUGUGGAUGAAUGCCAGGAGGUGGACAAGUGCUCUGGUGGGGAGUACUGCGUUAACGAACCUGGAUCAUUCAGAUGUGAAGCAUGCCAUGAGUCUUGUAAGGGCAAUUGUAGCGGUGAAGGCCCUAAGGCCUGCCAGGAGUGCAACAGUGGUUAUAACAUGACAGAAGAGGAGGGCUGCAAAGACUAUGAUGAAUGUGCUGCAGAUACUUCAAACUCCCUGUGCUCACCAGGCGAAUACUGCAAAAACUCUCCUGGCUCCUUUGAAUGCAAAGCAUGUGACCCAGCUUGCGAGACGUGUAUUGGAGAUGGGCCUGGCUCCUGUAGCAAGUGCAGCGUAGGAUACCAGAUGAAGGACAAUAAGUGCACAGACGUGGACGAGUGUGAGUCGAGUCCAUGUGACGCAGAAUCCGAAACUUGUAGCAACUCGCCCGGUAGCUACUCGUGCGAAUGCCGCAACGCUUACGAGCGCAAAGGAGACAAAUGCGUCAAGCGCAAGAAAGGUAAAAAGAAAAAGAAACCGAAAACCGAGGAGGAACAGUUGGAGGAAGACCUUGAAAAAGGGCGCCUUUUCACGGAAGGGCAGAUGAAGAUAGGUAGCUUACUCUACGCCGUCUUUUUCGCGCUGGUCAUAGCCGCGCUGAUGAAAAAGAGCAAGCUAGCACUCGCGGGGCUAGCCAUGCUUUACGCAUGCGUAAUGUACUACACGAGGACGCGCUGGGGCCCACGGGUACAAGCUGAGUAACGUCACUAGUUACCAGGCCCUUAUAAUACGCGAGAUUAGGCGACUCUGGAACAUGGCUUACUGGGCUGUCUAGUGACGUCAUAAGUUACUUAGCCAUGACAUUGUGACGCCAUUAGUUUCAUAGCUCUUACUGGUCUAUCUGUAUGGUACGACUGGCUUAGUACCUGUACACAACGUGUUUUUUCAACUGCAUGCCAAACUAUCAAAAUUAGGACAAUUUGUGAGCACUGGCUCGGAGCGUGGUUAAUGUGGAUGGGGGAGGGGGAGGGGCUCAUAGGGAUAGGGAUAUACUCAGUUAUACACAGGGACGGGCAAUGGAAAAAUAGUCAAAUGCAUCAAGAUUCAAUUAAGGAAUUAAUAAUUACAAAUUGGGGAA